AGAAUAAUAUCCGCAUGUGUCAUCUUGACAGCUGGUGUGUGUUUAUUCUGUUUCUUCAUGUCACAAAAAUCGGCGACGAAGCCAAUCGUUUGAGUUUUAGUAAUCGAAAUUUUGUCAAAUACAUGGGUAAAAAGAGCAAAAAAUCUAGACGACGAGAUUCGUCCACAUCGGAAUCGUCUUCAGCCUCUUCCACAGACGACGACUCUCGUGACAGUCGAAGAAAAACAAAAAUGAAAAGGCAUCGUUCUAGGGACUCGUCUAAAAGAAGGUCUUUAAAAUCGACUAAAAGUAAAAAAUCGACCAGACAUAGAUCAUCAAGCAGUGAGUCAGAUUCGUCGGUCAAACUAUUACAGAAAUUGGAAAGCAAACGCAUCAAGGAGGUAAUUGAUCGGAAACGAAAGAAGGAAGAGCUGAAGAAGUUAGAAACACCCGAAGAGAAACGUGCUCGUCGUCUGGCGGAAAAACAAAUUAAGGAGAACAAGCGCAGAGAGCGAAUGGGUUGGGACAAUGAGUACCAACAUUAUACAAACCAGGACAAUCCAUUCGGUGAUGCACAUUUGACAUCAACGUUUGUUUGGAACAAAAAACUCGAGAAGAAAGGUCUGAAAGGUAUGCCAACCGAAGAGCUGGAAAUUAUCAACCGGCAGAAGCAAAUGGAGAACAAGAGUGAGCUGGAAAAGGUUAAAAAACGAAGACAAGAAAGGGAAUUGGAACGUUUGCAACGUGAAGAGGAAAUGGUUCUUUUGCAACGAUCACGUGAAGCCGCUCAGUUUGAGGAAUGGGAACGUCAAGAGGAUAAAUUUCACUUGGAACAAGCUCGCCUCCGUAGCAAAAUUCGAAUACAGGACGGCCGUGCCAAGCCAAUUGACCUGCUAGCACAAUACAUAUCCAAUCAAAGUCUGGAGGAAUCAAUUGAAAUGCAAAUGCAUGAACCCUACACGUACUUGAACGGUCUGGGCAUGAAGGAUUUGGAGGAUCUGUUAGUCGACAUCAAAGUGUACAUCGAAUUGGAGAAGGGCCACAAUCACGAGUACUGGGAAGAUUUGACCGUUAUUGUGCAGGAUGAAUUACAAAAAUUGAAGAAACUUGUUUUGGGUGGAGAAUAUCAUGCCACGGUAGGACGUCGUGAAGGUAUCCAUCAGAGUGUAGCCAGAGAUGUCACCGAAAUUUUCAGAGGUAAAACGACAUCGCAACUAGAGGAAUUGAAGAGGAAAAUCGAAUCGAAAAUCGAUGACAAAAGUGAUGGUGUUGACAUCGGCUAUUGGGAGAGUCUACUGUCCCAGUUGAAAGCUCAUAUGGCUAGAGCUCGCCUAAAGGAUAAACAUCAAGAGAACCUGCGAUUGAAACUGGAACAGCUGAAGCAAGAGCAGGAUUCAUCGAAAGAUCAACAAAGCAUCGAUCCUCAACCUUCUACAUCUAGAUCAGCGAUUGGAGCCACGUCAAGAGAUGAUAGCAGAGAAAAUAGUUCGGAAGACGAUGACAUUGCUGAUUCUCCCAAUGAUGGUACCGAAAACAUGCUAGGCGAUUGUUUUACGUUAUACGAACAAGGACAGUAUAGUCCCGUCUACAUCGAUGAAAGUACGUUCGAUAGGGACGUAAAAAUCGUAAAUGCAGAUGACGAUGAGUCUGCCAUUGAGAACCUUCGUUCACGGUUACUUCAAGCGCAAGAAGACGACGAUCCGUACUCAAAGGAAGAAAUUCGAAUGGCUAAGGAAGCCCGCAAAGGCAUGGGCGACGAUGAAGCCGAAUUUUCCGUCGAAACGAAACUCGAUUCGCAAAUUUAUUUAUGGUCCGACAAGUAUCGACCGCGUAAGCCCAGGUACUUUAAUCGUGUCCACACCGGAUUCGAAUGGAACAAAUACAAUCAGACGCAUUACGACAUGGAUAAUCCGCCACCGAAAAUCGUCCAAGGCUACAAAUUCAACAUUUUUUAUCCUGAUUUGAUUGACAAAGGCUGUACUCCACAAUACUUCUUGACGCCAUGCAACGAUAACAAAGAUUUCGCCUUACUGCGUUUCCAUGCGGGACCACCAUACGAGGAUCUGGCGUUCAAAAUUGUGAACCGAGAAUGGGAAUUCAGUUAUAAGCGAGGAUUUCGAUGCCAAUUUCAAAAUAACAUUUUCCAGCUAUGGUUCCAUUUCAAGCGAUAUCGAUACCGAAGAUGAAGGCUUUUUUGUGAGAUUCAUGUGCAGAUUACACUUUUGAAAAUAAAUUAAUUUUUUUUUUGAAUAGAGAACCAUCGUUUCAAGU